CCUGAUUGGCCCGCGGGGCGUUUACUCCGCUUCCCAAAGGAGGAAAGAGCCGGGGAGCCCCCGGAGGGGGAGAAAAGGGGGGCGGGCAGGGCAGCGCUCACUCGCGCAGACCCCGCGCAGGGCCGGGCAGAGGCGCAGGGCAGCGCUCACUCGCGCAGUCCCCGCGCAGGGCCGGGCAGAGGCUCAGGGCAGCUCCGCGGGCGGCCCCGCUCCAGCCACCCUCCGCACCCGCGAUGGCUUCUCCUUCCAAGGCGAAGGAGGUUUUCUCCUCCGACGAGGAGGGCCCGGCGGCCGGCGCCGAGGAGCACCACAAAGUCAAGGUGUCCAGCUUGCCGUUCAGCGUGGAAGCCCUCAUGUCCGACAAGAAACCCCCCAAAGAGCUGCCGCCGGCCGCGGCGGGGGGCAGCGCCGACGGGGCGGCCGUGGGCACCUCCCGGAACCUGCUGCUGCCGGGGCACGGCUCCCGGGACGCGCACAGCCCCCCCGGGGGGCUUACAAAACCUUUCGACACCUCCUCGGUCAAAUCGGAAAACUCGGAGGACGGCACGGCCUGGAUCCAAGAGGCCGGGAGAUAUUCCCCUCCGCCAAGACACCUGAGCCCCACCGCCUGCACCCUGAGGAAGCACAAGACGAAUAGGAAGCCCCGAACCCCGUUCACCACCUCCCAGCUGCUGGCUCUGGAGCGCAAGUUCCGCCAGAAGCAGUAUCUGUCCAUCGCGGAGAGAGCCGAGUUCUCCAGCUCCCUCAACCUCACAGAGACCCAGGUCAAAAUCUGGUUCCAGAAUCGGAGGGCCAAGGCCAAGAGACUGCAGGAGGCCGAGCUGGAGAAGCUCAAAAUGGCAGCGAAGCCCAUGUUGCCUUCAGGAUUCAGUCUCCCUUUCCCCAUCAACUCUCCCAUCCAGGCCGCUUCACUGUAUGGAACAUCCUAUCCUUUUCACAGACCUGUGCUUCCUAUCCCGCCUGUUGGACUCUAUGCUACUCCUGUUGGAUAUAGCAUGUACCACCUAUCCUAAGAAGAUCAGAAAGACAAAGCGACAGUGAGAAAGACUUCCUGGUGGAUCUUGUCCAACCCUGAGAAGGCAGUACCCCAACCAGUACUGGCAACUCUUUCUGCACGCUUUUAUCUGCCGUCCCAAGUGUACUGGAGUUUGCAUUAGCAAAGCAAGGCAUCCUGUAUGCUACAGGUUGGGUGUCUUCUGAUAGUGCUCUGAGCACUCAGUGUCUGAUCCUCAAAGAAAAAUAAAUGUAAAAACAAAAAACAAAAAAAUUGAGCAAAUGUAGGGUUUUUAUACAGUGCACGUAAAACUAGAAUAAAAAGGAAUGGGUGAGAAAACAAUCUCGUCUUACAGAGGCAGAGAUUUCCUGACUCCUUCCUGAUGGGUCCCAACACAUGUUUAAAGUAAGAGGGGUGCAUGCCCUAAACCCACACUCUCAAAUCUCAUCACUUAAUAUGGGGGGGAGGGAAAUAAAAAGGUAUAAUCACUUAAAAAAAAAAAAAAGAAGAAAAAAGAAAGCAGAGCCCUUAGCUAGAGACACCAUGUAAAUAGAAACUAGACCCAGUAGAGUCCGAGUGAAGUUCAGAGCCAGCAUGUUCCUGCAUUUCUGGGGGUAGGGGAAUUUUUUGCAUCCCAAAUCUCAAUAGCUGUUUGCGUAAGAUGAACAUCAGAGCCCCUGUAUGCAUAAAGCAGAGCAACAGUUUUAUCCACCGACGACUCCUGUAUUGCCUUUAUUUGUAUAAAUCGCUUCAGCGUUUGUAAAGCACUGUGAGGGGAGGUGCAGUGCAAGGGAGGGUUAUUAGGCAGCCUGGUCUCUAUCUCUUCCUAUCGGCGUGCUCAGAAAUUUUUGUCUACAGCCAGGUAAUCUUGGCUCUGCGAUGCUUUUUGAAAACCAGGAGGGAGGGAAGGAAGCUUACCAGGAAAAGAAGAGGUGGGUUGUUUCCGCAGUGGUGGUGAGCAAAGGAUUGUCAAGCCCUUCUGUGGAGAAGUUUGGGGUUUUUUAUUAUUGUUUGCAACAGUCUGUACUUAAAUAGAAGAACCCCCUGAGUCUUCCUCUCCUGCCCUUGCAAAGGAUGCCAACGUAAGUGACUCACACUUCAAGCCCUGCUCAAGUGAGAUCCAGGUAUUAGAGACAAACAACCCUACUAGUAGGAUGGUGGGGUGCCAAGAGACUGCGUAACCUAUCUGCCCCAGUGGGAGCUCCCCAAGUGCUGGCAGUAUCGUCCCCAGGCUUCUCCUUGUAACUAUUGUAUUAUGUGUAUUACUCUUGCUAAACCUUGUAAGAAAGUUAUUCCAAAAGCCGUGGAGCACUGAAGGCAGAGCUUCUCCUGGAUUUAUUUUCUUAGCAUGUUGUGGAAGAAAGAAACAAACAAAAAUUUUCCAAAAAACAGAAAAACAAAAAAAGCCACGAGGUUUUUGCUGGUUUUGGUUUGUUUUGACCCAGGCACUGUCGCUGCCCUGGAUGAACCUCCACUCUUCCUCCCCCCCAUUUUCCAUUAUAGGGAAGUCCCUUUGAAAGGGAUGCCUUGUACAAUUUUAUAUAUUUUAUUGAAGAUUUAUUAUUUCUUAUCUCUUAUUUCGAAUUAAAUUAAAAAAGAAAAAACAUGUUUAA